CAAAAGACUACAGCUGUUAGCAAGCGGGCUCACAGGUUAACAGCAUGGCAAGUGAAGACGACAAAUGCCAAGCUUUGGUCAAGGCUGAGAUGAGAGUCAGCAAAGCUCAAGACGUGAGAGAAGAGACAGAGUUAAUUAUGAAGCCCUACGCCAACUGGGAAGAGUACCUGAUGCCAGCCCCUCUUUCCGUUGCUAUCUUAGGACAACUCAUCUUCAUUUCUGCAGGCCAAGGAGACUUCUCCAUCAACAAGCACCCACCUCCCAAUGGCUUCAAAUACAUCAGUUACCCAGAGUCCUUCAGAGCCUGCUUAUGUCAAGUGAGCAACGAAGGGUGGCAUGCCUUCAAUGAAGCCCACGUCAACAUGGACCGGAUCCGACUGCUGACGGCAAGGAUCCCAGGGAGGAUGAAGCUCAUUGUUCAGACUCUCUUCCAGGAGGAGGAGGUAGUCAAUGCUAUGCUUCCGGGACAACUAAAGAGCAUGAAAUCUAUAGUAACUGAGUGCACAACCCUAGCAAAGAAAGUAAAGGACAAAUAUAAGAAUGUGAUCUCCCUCAUCCAAGAACUCUUGGAAGCCUGUCUAAAUGCCAAAACAGGUUAUGAAAAGGAGCUGGAAGAGGUGCAGACUGCCCUGAAGCAGGCAAAAAUUAGAGAAGAAACAGCAAAAAAGAACAUGAAGAUGGCCGAGGAAUACCACAAUAAAAUGAAGAAGCAAACUGAGGAUUCAUUUGAUCAGUAUAAGAAAGCCAUGGAUGAAGUCCCUUCAGGAUGGGAAGCUAUCGGGAUGACGAUUGUAGAGAGUCUGGGAAAUGCAUUGACUGGCAUAGUCAAUGGUAUUGCCAACUUCGUGCAAGGCAAAUUUGGGGGGUCAACAAAAGAAAGUCCUUCCGAUACACCUGAUGCACCAAACUCAGAAUCGCAGAGCCCACUAUCUGCCAUGGCAAUCUGUAGCCUUUCAUCCAUGAUGCUGAAGUAUGCAUCAGGACUCAAGGAGAAAGUUGUUGAGCAGGAUAGAAUCAACCUUGAGAAUGUUUAUGACAAGAGGACAGAGCAGGUCAAAACCAACUGGGUGAAGAAGGCUUUCUUUGAUUUGAAGAAUAACAUAGACAAAGAGGAAAACUGCCAACCCAAACAGAAAGCUCUAAAUAUUUGUAUAGAUGGUGUAGACAUCUGUGAACAGCUGGAGCAUAUAGCUACAGCAGCUGAAACAGGAAAGGAAGAAGGAGGAGAUAUCGUUAAGAAAAUUGAGGCUCUUUACCAACAAGCAGCUGCAUUUGAUUCCUAUAGCAAACGUAUCCUUAAAGCUCCUUCCUUUACACCAAAAGCCCCCAACAUGGCUAAAUACCAGCAGGAGUCAACAGGAGGAUCUGUUGGGGUGAGAAAUGCACAUCUGAAAGUAGAGCAGAGCCGGGAAAUGUACAAGGCCACCCAAGAGGAAUACCAGAAGAGCUUUGAGAACUUCAAGAAGCAAAACGAAGAGCUGGCAGAAAUCCUGUGCCUGAUGGAGGAGUGCAAGGUGAAGGAAAUUGAUUUUGAAUCUGCUCUAAAGAUGCUGAGAGAAGGCCUGAAUACAAUGGGAAAAGUCAAGGAGCAAUGGGAGAAGAUGAUCCAGUUCUUUGAAAUGAUCUCCAAUAUCAUUGACACUUGCUUAAGUAAAACGAUUCAUGAUUUCCUGGAAUUUGUGUCAGAUGCCCAGCAGAUCAAGGGGUAUUCAUCCAUGUCCUAUGUGAAAGACACCGUCUACAAUCAGGUUUUCAGUGCUUCAAAUGUGUCCCACCUAGUCCACAUGAUUGCUGAGACUUAUACGGAAGUAUCUGACAAGUACCUGAUGGAUCGGAUCAGCAGCCUAGGGAGGCUUAUUACACUGGAGCCUACAGAUCCAGAAUUUAAUUCUGAACGGAAUGCAUUGAACCAAGGUUGCGAAGAGGCCCGCCAGGCCAUUUAUAACAUGGUGAUUGAGAAGAAAGAAGAAUUUGAUAGGAAUUUGGAGGCUAGGAUGAAGACCAUCGACAGAGAGAUAAGGGCUGCGCUUCCCCCAAUCAGCGUGGCAGAGGAAAAGAUGAUUGAAAAAGCAGUGCAGGAUGGGAGAAAAGAGCUGACAGUCUUGGAGGAGGAUCAGUUUGUCUAG